CUCUCUUUUUUUUUUUUUUUUUUUUUUUGGCACGCAUGCAGUCUCGCUUUGCGGAAUUGUUAUAUUCGGUGGAUUGGUGGCUUCCCAUUUAUUUUUGCACGCCUUUCCCUUCUCGUUUAUAUAAACACCUCUCAAAUUGUGGCCCGAAGUACUGUCCAAAAUGACAGACUUCAAGUUCGCCAACUCCUCAGCGAAGGUCCCCGGCAACGGGGCUCUCCCCGCAGAGUUUCCGAUAAAUGCCCCUCCCUCGACCGACAUCUGGUCCAAACCCCCAUCGACUGAGCGAUUCAACGCCCCCAUUCUGUACAGAUCUGUCCCGCUAGCUUCGUUCAAGCGUGCUCGAGUCGCUUUCUCCGCUUGCUGGAGGCAUCAAUAUGACCAAGGUGGACUUAUUCUCGUCAUCAACCACGCCGAUGGAACCCGGAAAUGGGUCAAGACGGGAAUUGAGUUCACCCACGGCAGACCCCAUCUUAGCACUGUCGCUAAGGACCGAUGGGCGGAUUGGAGCUUGUUCCCUGUGCCAUCGGGCGGUGGAGCCGCAACGAUAGAGAUUAACAAAGAGCAGGACAAUAGCCUGUGGAUAUACCUGGUAGAGGGGGUUCAAAAGUCCCCCAUUCGCGAGGUCACUUGGGUCUUUGAGGAGCAGGAUGUCACCGACUGCUGGAUUGGCGUGUAUGCAGCAAAACCCUCGAGUGAAGGCGGAGACCUAGUGGUCAAUUUUGCCUCCGUGGUGAUUGAUGUGACCGAGCCCACGAAGAUUUAGGUGUCCCUGUUUGCACUUUAUUAUUGUUAUCAUGAUUCGUAAAAUGGAUGAGCAUUAGUCAUGAUAUGUUGGCUAUGCAUUUGAAUAUGUCAUAUAUAGUGAGUGAUCUAGGUCUUUUUUUUCUUUCUUGAAUAAACAGCGAGAGGUUGAGGAGAUUGAUCUUUGUUGUUCUGGAACCAUUGUCAACAGUAUUGAUUGAGUGCAGCGUCUUGAUUGUACCCAAUAUAAUGUGUAGUGGUGUAACAAAUUUGGGGCAAUGAAGAUGAAUAGAUGGUGUUCUAUUUCAACAGCGCAGAGGUAUGUUCAAGUGUGUCCAAUCGUAUGUGUGCGUAUCCUCUACAAUGUACAGAGUAUGACCCCGAAUAAUACAAAAGUGAGCCACCAUUGGCAUGAUGAAUAUUCUCCAGAAAAUCGCGCAUACAACUGAUAGAUCUGAUACCUCGAAG